AGAUGAUCAGACCUAGCCAGUAGCCACUAGGAUUUAAGCUACGUACUUCGUACAUACUAAUGACGUAUCCAGGGCGGCCGGACAUGCAUGGCUCCUAUUCAAUCGCCACCAUGCAAUCCUUCUCGCAGCCGCCGGAGCACAGUGGCAGCCGCCGCUUGCACGCCAGAGUCCGGCUCCCGACCAAAACCGACGUGCCACACCUCCACAAGCUCAUGCAACAAAUGGCGUCCUACCAUAACUACACUCAAGUCUUCACCGCCACCGAAACCUCAAUCUCCGCUAACCUCUUCGGCUCCAACGCCGCCAGCCCCUCCGGCCCGCCGCCGUUCUACUCCGCCACGGCUCUCCUUCUCGAGGUCUCCCGGUCUCCCCUCGCAGGAUCCUCUUCUCAUAAUGUUUUUUGCCCGGUUCUCAAGGCGGUGGAUCUCCUCGAAUUCGUGGACGACGAGGAAUCCGAAAAGUACUUGUCGCCGGAGGAAGACGGCAACGGCGGCGGCGGCGUUGUUGUCGCCGGUUAUGUUCUUUUUUAUCCUAGCUAUUCCGGUUACUUCCGAAGCCCGAGUAUCUUCAUGGAGAAUCUGUACGUAAAGGAGUGUUACCGGGGGAUCGGUCUUGGGAAAAUGCUCUUCUCCGCCGUCGCAUCCAAGGCAGCCGCGCUCGGCUUCUGCACCGUCGAUUGGUUGGUGGUGGGUUGGAACGAGGAGGCCAUUCAGUUUUACAGGGGAAUGGGGGGCCAAAUCAUGGCAGAUGUUAAGCGCUUUAGGUUGUCCGGCGAAGCCCUCUUAGCGUAUGUCAAUCCUGAAGCUAAAUAAGAUGCAUGGAAUUAACCAGGAAAAGUUACUUUAAUCUAUUACCCAGUGUUUCAAAUGGCCGUAGUGGCAGCGGUCAUCUCAGUAGUGGCCUGUAGUCGGCUGUAGCGGUUACAGCGGCGUGAAAUAUUUUCAAAUGCGCAAAACAUAUAUUUAAUGGAUGUUAAAUUUAAUAUAAACAUUAUGAAUAUUUGUUUGAAC